AAAAAAAAAAAAAUCGGAAGCAAUGAAAUGUGAAGCGUGCAAAGGAAAUUUUGAGCAAAGAGAGACAGACAGACAGACAGCAAGCAAGCAAGCAAGCAUGGGAGUAAAUGAUCCGAGGAAGAUCCGCUUUGGUUUAUUAAUUCCUAUUAGUUUGCCUUCUUUUUGUUAGUUUUGUGUGUGUUCACGCGCACGGUUAUUUUCAAGACCGCGAUACUUAUGGCGUGAAAUUGCCGAUAUGAGUUUAUAUUAGAUCAGACUCAGAGAGCGGAAGAGUAAGAGAGAUAUAUAUAAAGAGGCUGCAGGCAUGACCAAUUUAUGACCAUACAAACCAGGGUGUUGGGCAGGAAAGAGAGACAGCACACUUAUGACGAUAUGAGAUAUGAAGACUUCUACUAUAAGGCUGCUCUCUAUCUUCUUUUUUGCCUCCUUCAGUAGCAUGCUGUUUUGGCUUUGCUUUACUCAGAGAGUUCUACCUGAAGUUAAACCAAAUCCAGCAAGCAAUGAUGUCUCUCUCAGAGUUUCGCCAAAUCCUACGAGCAGCAACAAUUUGGCUGCCAUCGAGCCACAGGAAGUUAUAAAAUACACAACAAGAAAAUACAGCAUGGUUCACAGAAACAGUACACCAGUUGCUAUUACCCGGAAAUCUACCAUAAAAGUCCAAGAAAGUGAUGCAGCUGUCAGCAAUCCAGCCAGUGUCUCUCAAAUUCCUGCAAAGAGCAAUGAUACAGCUGCCAGCAAUCCAGACAAAGUUCAACAAAAUCCUGCAAAGAGCAAUGAUGUAGCUGCCAGCGAGCCAGACAAAGUUGAACAACAUCCUGCAAAGAGCAAUGAUGUAGCUGCCAGCGAGCCAGACAAAGUUAAACAAAAUCCUGCAAAGAGCAAUGAUGUAGCUGCCAGCGAGCCAGACAAAGUUAAACAAAAUCCUGCAAAGAGCACUGAAGCAGCUGCCAGCAAUCCAGACAAAGUUCAACAAAAUCCCGCAAAGAGCAAUGAUGCAGCUGCCAGCGAUCCAGACAAAGUUAAACAAAAUCCUGCAAAGAGCAAUGAUGUAGCUGCCAGCGAGCCAGACAAAGUUAAACAAAAUCCUGCAAAGAGCAAUGAUGUAGCUGCCAGCGAGCCAGACAAAGUUAAACAAAAUCCUGCAAAGAGCACUGAAGCAGCUGCCAGCAAUCCAGACAAAGUUCAACAAAAUCCCGCAAAGAGCAAUGAUGCAGCUGCCAGCGAUCCAGACAAAGUUAAACAAAAUCCUGCAAAGAGCAAUGAUGUAGCUGCCAGCGAGCCAGACAAAGUUAAACAAAAUCCUGCAAAGAGCAAUGAUGCAGCUGCCAGCAAUCCAGACAAAGUUCAACAAAAUCCCGCAAAGAGCAAGGAAAUUGCCACUAUUGAAAAACUAAUAUCAAAAUAUACUAACAAUUGGACAAAGCAGGAGGAGAACUUUAAGUCCUUCAGGUCCUUGCUCACCAGCAGUUGUAAUGCCAUUUCCAAAGCAGUGGUUACACAGACGAACUCACCUGUGGGGACAAAUAUUACAUUUGAUGCAGACAAAAAAAUAGUGGCGGUGAAACUAGACCUGUAUAAUGUAUUUCCCAAGGAGAGCCCCUUUAAAAAUGCCCCAUGGGACUCGUGUGCUGUUGUAGGCAACGGAGGAAUUUUAGCCAACAGCAGCUGUGGAAAACUAAUCAACUCUGCCUCAUAUGUCAUCAGGUGUAAUCUUCCUCCACUGAGUAAUGGACAUGAGAAAGAUACAGGAAAUAAAACAAGCCUUGUUACAGCCAACCCCAGCAUCUUCAUGCAAAGGAGAAGCAAAGAGUGACCAUUCUCCACUGAACAUCGAUGGGUCCAUCGUGGAGAUCGUCAAGAGCACCAAAUUCCUUGGCGUUCACCUGGCAGAGGACCUCACCUGGUCACUCAGCACCAGCUCCAUCACCACAAAAGCCCAGCAGCAUCUCUACUUCCGGCAUCUUCCACCUCCCAUCCUGACCACCUUCUACAGAGGGACCAUCGAGAGCAUCCUGAGCAGCUGCAUCACUGCCUGGUUUGGGAAUUGCACCGUCUCGGACCGCAAGACCCUUCAUCAGGGGAUAGUGAGGACAGCUGAGAAGAUCAUCGGAGUCUCUCUUCCCUCCAUUACAGACAUUUACUCCACACGCUGCAUCCGCCAAGCUAACAUCAUUGUGGAUGAUCCCACACACCCCUCACACACACUCUUCACCCUUCUGCCAUCUGGAAAGAGGUACCGAAGCAUUCGGACCCACACAACCAGACUGUUAAACAGUGUCUUCCCUCAGGCAAUCAGGUAUCUCAACAGAGGACUGAACUGAGCUGGACACACACACACACACAUACACAAACACACAUACAACCAAUAUCUGAUCUCAGCAGAGAAACCGUACUGUGCUGGACACGGACACACGCACAAAAUAGAAAACAAAACUGAGAACUGUGUUCCAAGAGAACUGAACUGUGCUGGACACAGACACACACAUUGUCCUGUUUGCACGCAUAUGUCACUUUACAUUACACUUUAUAUUGAUCCUGUUUACAUGUUAACUUUAAUAUUUGCACUCACUAUUCUUUUGCACAGAGUCGGUCUACAUGUCUGUCUGCACUGUCGUGUCUUGUCAUCCUGUGCACUUCUGUUGUAUGUCUAGUUUUUCUUGCACCUUAAGUAUAGUUUAGUUUUAUCUCUAUGUUUAGCUCUAUGUUUGUCUGCGUCACUGUACUUUGUCUUUGUUGUGUGUAGCACCUCUGGUUUAGGAAGAACGUUGUUUCACCUCACUCUGUACUGCAUCAGCUAUAUACGGCUGAAGUGACAAUAAAGCUUCUUUGACUUUUUUCUCAUUUAUAACAGAAAGGCUAUUCAAGAAUUUCACAUAAUACACGACUUGAAAAAGAUUAAAUAAAAAAAAUUUAUUAAACUUUAUCCUUCUUUACUCCAGUAAAAUGUUAGUCAAUUCAGACCCAGACUGGUAAAUGAAAACCUACACAGUCUUUUUAAAGAAAUCAACAGCCAAGUCAGAUCAAUUUUAACUUAACUACACAGAACUAAAAAAUACCCGUUUGUGUUUAAGGUCUCGGUUCUCUUUAAUUAUGAACCCUCUUUAGUCACAAAGUUAAAAAGGGACAAAGAACAGACUCACAUGUG